ACAGGAGAGAAACCAUUCGAGUGUACAUUCUGCGACAAGAAAUUCACUCGAAAACCCAACUUGGAUACACAUCUCCGGACCCACACAGGAGAGAAACCAUUCGAGUGUACAUUCUGCGACAAUAAAUUUAAGGCUGCUCAGUAUCUACGCCUACACCUCCGGAAACACAUAGAGGAGACACAUUUUGAGUGUACAUUCUGCGGCAAGAAAUUUACUCUUAAGAAAAACUUAGGAGAGAAGCCUUUUGAGUGUACACUCUGCAAGAAGAAAUUCGCGCGGUCUGGUUCUUUGCGCACACACUUCCGGACCCACACCGGAGAGAAGCCCUUCGGAUGUACACUCUGCCCCAUGAAGUUUGUCGCUGAAAAUCAGCUGCGCGUACACCUUCGGAAGCACACAGGAGAGACGCCUUUUGAGUGUACACUCUGCCCCAAGAAGUUUGCGGGUAAAAAUCAGCUGCGCGUACACCUUCGGAAGCACACAGGAGAGACACCUUUUGAGUGUACACUCUGCAAGAAGAAAUUCGCGUGGUCUGGUUCUUUGCGCACACACCUCCGGACCCACACCGGAGAGAAGCCCUUCGAGUGUACACUCUGCAACAAGAAAUUUGCUGUAAUGGGUAAACUUCACGUACACCUGCGGACACACACAGGAGAGAGGCCUUUUGAGUGUAGUGUCUGCGGCAAGAAAUUUAGUGGUGCUCUGCAUCUGCGCCAACACCUCCGGACCCACACAGGAGAGAAGCCCUUCGAAUGUACACUCUGCUCCAAGAAGUUCGCGCAUGACAAGAAUCUGCGCCAACACCUCCGGACCCACACAGGAGAGAAGCCCUUCGAAU